CGACUCUGAAUAAAGAGAGGUCUUUUUCGUUCGAGUCUCCAAGCUCCUACGGUUCUGUCCCCAACGGAAUGUAAAUUUUCCCGUUACAAUUUGUAUAUAUACACCUCAAUUCCCUUCUUCAAUCCCCAUCCAAAUCCAUCUCCAUCUCAUCGUCUUCCUCGCUACUCAUACCCACGGUUUUUUACCUUUUUUUCUGGUUCACUUGAAGUCUCCGGCGGUGUUUCCGGCGGUCUUUCGGAAUCCGAUGAGGAUGACAGUGGCUGGAAGAGGAUGAAGGAUACUCAGUUCCUAUCAUGUCGAUCUCUUCUUCCGAAGACUGCUUUAUUGACUCUCAUUUACUCUGUGACGAGGACUCCUCCGAUAUUUUGUCCGGAGAGUCGCCAGAGUACUCCUCGGACCUUGAAUCGCCUGCCAGUAGUGAGGAUUCUAUUGCCAGUUUCAUAGAGGACGAGAGGCACUUCGUUCCUGGGAUUGAUUACUUGUCGCGCUUUCACUCUCAAUCGCUCGAUUCCUCCGCAAGAGCUGACUCUGUUGCAUGGAUUCUCAAGGUUCAAGCAUAUUACGGUUUUCAACCACUCACUGCAUACCUUUCCGUCAAUUACUUGGAUCGAUUCCUUUAUUCUCGCCGCUUGCCGGAAACAAAUGGGUGGCCAUUGCAGCUUCUAUCAGUGGCUUGUUUGUCACUUGCAGCUAAAAUGGAGGAACCACUUGUUCCUUCGUUCCUGGAUCUCCAGAUCGAAGGAGCAAAAUAUAUAUUUGAACCUAGAACAAUACGUAGGAUGGAGCUUCUUGUACUUGCAACAUUGGAUUGGCGGCUCCGAUCCGUAACCCCCUUCAGCUUCAUCGGAUUCUUCGCCUACAAAGUCGAUCCCACCGGAACAUUUUCCAGUUUUCUCAUCUCACGCUCCACAGAAAUCAUUCUCUCCAAUAUUCGAGGUGACGCUAGCUUUCUUGAGUACUGGCCUUCCUGCAUUGCUGCCGCAGCCUUACUUUGUGCGGCAAAUGAAAUACCCAAUUUGACCCUUCUCAAUCCUGAACAUGCAGAGUCUUGGUGCAAUGGACUCAGUAAAGAUAAAAUUGUUGGGUGUUAUCGACUAAUGCAGCCAUCAACAUCAGAGAGUGGUCGUAGAAAGCCCCCGAAAGUGAUACCGCAACUCCGAGUGAGAAUCCGAGCUGGGUUGAGGUACAGCAACUCAUCGUCAUCGUCGUCAUCAACAAGGUUAGGUUAUAAAAGGAGGAAGUUGAAUAAUUGCUUGUGGGUAGAAGAAGAUGACAAAGAAAAUUCCAAGUUUAGAGCAGAGGAAUAAAUUUAAAAAGAAAGAAAAAGAUUUUGAUGGGUUUUUGUGGUGGUGGUGGUGGUGGUGGUCCAAACUUUAUCUUCAAAA